AUGGCUGACGAAGCCCUCAGGUCUCGUGAAGAGGUUGCAGCGCAAGCUGUAUCUGUUCGAUCAGAGCUGAAAUCAUGGGAGAAAGACUUCUCAAAAGCCAAUGAUGGGAAAAAAGCCGGUCGGGAGGACAUCAAGCAAAGGCCGGAUAUUGCCGCGAAAUACAAAGAGUAUUCCCGUCUCAAGAAUCUCGAGGCUUCACUGAUCCGACGCGAAAACCGUAAACAACAAGAAGCCGCCGACCCUUCCAGGAAGAGAAAACAUACAUCUCCCACCGGGCCAUCAACUACAACCAUUGAAACGACUCCACGCAAAUUGAGCCGAGGACUCUUUGCCACACCGUCCCGUAAUCGCACCGGAAAUCAGCAUUCCUCCCAUCUAGAUCUGUACGAUUCGCCAACGACCCUUCGCCGAUUGUUCAGUCCGAGCGCCCAUCGGCAGAAAAUGCCAGAACCGUCACCUCUCAAGCCUGCAAUUGGUCCGACACCACAGCGCGAUGGAAAGGCUCUUGGGCUUUUCGACAUGCUGUCCGAGUCUGGUGGCAGCCGAGGAACCCCGUCGGCGAAGAGACAAAGGGAUGUGCUAGCGGCAGGAUUCCGAACACCCUCUAAACCAAAAUUAUUUGAGCCCAUUGCAGAGGCGCCGGAGGAAGCAGAGGAGGAAACAUCACGACUGACACGGACACCCGCAUCCUCGACCAAGCAAUUCUACCUCGCAAACCUCUUUGCGACUCCUACAACAAUGCGCUAUGCGGCGAUGGUCGAGGCCGAGGAAAACAAUACUGCGCAGGGAAACAAACCACAAGAAACCGAAACCACAGCAUCUCAGCAUUCAAACCCAUCGGGAACACCGUCCUUCUUGCGUCGCUCCAACUCUGGGCGUUAUCCACCUGCCGCUCCACAUGAAGGGCCAGGCCUCAGUCCUAUUGCAUCUCGGAAGCCACCGCAGCUCGCUGGUCGAGGACUAUCACAUCUGGUCCAGGGUCUGCGGGCUAUGGAGGAUGAACGCUUGGCCAUGGAAGAGGAGCAAUUAGAAGAUGAAUGGGAAAUGCUCCGCGAGAUUGAGGCAGAGCAAGAAGGAUUUCACUUCGAGGUUCCUGAAAGCCAAGGUCCCGUAGCAGAGAAGCAACAACCAUACAAAAAGAAAGGACAGAAGCGGACUACAAGAAGGGUUAACAUGCGGCCUACUAUCUCCAAGUCUAAGCCCCAAGAGGAGCUCUAUCCGGAUUUGUAUUCAGAAAGUGAUGAGGAGCCCACUGCAGUCCCGGAAACACAAAUACCGGAAGCUCCUCAGAAAGCCUCAGAUGACGCACCUGGAGAGGAAGGUAAUAAUGAUGAUGAUGUUGCCUCUCUUCAUUCCAUCUCAGAGCCCGAAUCGGACUACGAGGGAGCUACAGACGUGGACUCCGACGACGAUCCCGAAUAUGGCGAGAAGGCCAAAACUCCGCCGAGACCAAAAAGUUUCUCAGAGCGCAUUAAAGAAGCAGUAUUGGCGGCCAAGCCGACUGCUAUGGAACCCCCUUCUAAACCUUCAGCAAAGCCUUCACAAAAACCAGAAGAGCCUGAGAAAGAGAAGAAGCCUCGAGAGUAUAAGAUCAAUCCUCAAGCCCAUGCGAAUUAUAGGAGAUCUAUGAAGCCUAAAGGUAGAGGCGGUGGACGGUUCCGCAGAAGAUAA